UCGACCGCAACGGUCCACUGUGUCAAAGUUCACUCGGUUACUUACACACCAGCGAGUCUUGGCGGGAAAAAUUAAAGUAUUUUUUUUUAAAUUAAAGAUACCAAUAGAAAUAGAUAACAAUAAAUAAAUUAUAUGUCGUGGAUACCACAGAUAGAUAACUAUGAAUCAUAAAAUUAUUAACAAUUUGUUGAUUUAGACUGAAUUAGAAACAUUAUACCUUUGCUAAAUUAAUAAAGAUGUUUCAUAUAUCACGCCUAAAAAUUCCAUAACGAAAAUUAUAUUAUAGUCAUUAAAGUAGUUAAAAAAAAAUAGAUUAUGGCGGGAAAACUGUUAUGGGUCACCACCGUGCUUUUGAGAUUGUGGCUCGGAGCAACGGACCUCUGUUACGCACAAUCCACUUUGCUGACCUUCCAAGAUCUGCUACCGGAUGAUCCUCGGCUAUAUGACAAGAUGCGGCCCCCAAAGAUCAACGACCAGCCAACCAUUGUAAACUUCCACGUCACUGUUAUGGGACUGGACUCCAUUGAUGAGAACUCUAUGACAUACGCCGCUGACAUAUUCUUCGCACAAACUUGGAAGGACUUUCGCCUCAGAUUACCAGAGAAUAUGACGUCUGAAUACAGACUUCUCGAAGUGGACUGGCUUAAGCACAUGUGGCGACCGGACUCCUUCUUCAAGAAUGCCAAAUCAGUCACCUUCCAGACCAUGACCAUCCCGAACCACUACGUGUGGUUGUACAAGGACAAAACCAUACUGUACAUGGUCAAACUGACCCUGAAGUUGUCGUGUGCUAUGAACUUUCUCAUCUAUCCUCACGACACACAGGAAUGCAAGCUGCAGAUGGAAAGCUUGUCGCACACGACAGAUGACCUGAUCUUCCAAUGGGACCCCGACGUGCCCCUGGUGGUGGAUGAGAAUAUAGAACUGCCGCAGCUCGAGCUGGUGCAGAAUAGAACAGCAGACUGCACGCAGGUCUACUCAACAGGCAACUUCACAUGUCUGGAGGUGAUAUUCAAGCUGAAACGUCGCCUCGGGUACCAUCUAUUCAACACUUAUAUACCCACGUGCCUCAUUGUCAUCAUGUCUUGGGUGUCGUUCUGGAUCAAGCCGGACGCGGCGCCGGCGCGCGUGACGCUGGGCGUAACGUCGCUGCUGACGCUGUCUACGCAGCACGCCAAAUCGCAGGCGCAGCUACCUCCCGUCUCCUACCUUAAGGCGGUCGACGCCUUCAUGUCUGUUUGUACCGUAUUCGUGUUCAUGGCGUUAAUGGAGUACUGCUUGGUGAACAUAGUCCUUGGUGACGGUGCUGGUAAGCCGAAGGACGCAGCAGAAGCAGCUAAAGCCAGAAUGAGAGCCAUCAACAUCGAUAGGUUUUCCCGCGUUUUUUUCCCGCUCUUAUUUUCCGUGCUCAACGCCACCUACUGGCUGCAAUUCGCGCAGUACAUCUGACUGCGCAGACUCGUACCGGGGCUUGUAUUACUCGCAAUAAAUUUUGUAUUCUAAUUUAAGUAAGUAUAAAAAAAUAUAUAAAUACAUGUCAUUUUAUGACUGACGUCAACGUCAAAUUCUAAUCGUCAAUGUCAAUUUUCAAUUGUUACAGAUUUUUCUGUUAACUUAGUAAGUAAAUAGGUGUAUAGAUUAUCUACGUUAACAUGGCACGGCCCUCCAACUUUUCGCCUUCAAUAUCUGUGACCCUUAAAUUAUAUAGAUAGAGCAUAUCGAGUCUCAAAAACGUGUCAACUUUUUGUCAGCUAAUUGUCAAAUUAGCUGACUCGUUUUUUAUCAGUGUUCUAUAUACUUACGCACAUAAUGUAUCUUGACGUAUCUAUAUUUAAUUAUUUAAUAAAUAAAAUUAGUUUUACGAAUUAAAAAGGUGCAAAAAUUAUAAAACAAAAUAAAUAUUGAAGUUGUAAAGGAACCGCUCAUCAAACUAUUUAUCACGCAAAAUUGUAUGAAAAAGUUUACCCGCUUUUCUCGAAGCAUUUGUAUGGAAACACUCUAUUUUUAUAAUUUAAGGUGUGAUAACAUACGGACAUCAUGCUCUGUUUGUGUUUGUGAGAAUACGUCUUCAGUGCCAGUCUGGCCUGAGGAGUAUUCUAUUCCUUGGUUGAAAUCUUGUAAAAAAUUUUACUCACUUUCUCAAUUCUUUGGAUUUUGGUAGGGCGUGUCCUGUUAUUGUAGACAAUCUACGCUUAAUUCUCUUGUUCAAUACAAUUUAUAUUUACUAAUUUUAAUAACAUAAUUGAAUGCAUGUUUGCCACCUUUGGGGUUAAAAAAAAUAUUAUAUUUCUUUAGUCAACUUUUACAACAUCCGCGGGAAAGGAAGGGGUGUCCCAUUCUAUAUCGAGAGUAAACAGCUAUAUUUUUUCCUUUCAAUUCAAUUUAUUUAUUGCAUUCUAAAAUAUUAUUAUGAAAGAUGUUAAUAAUUAAUAAAGUAUAUUGUAUACCCUGUCGGGCACAGCAAUUAGAAGCGAGGAGGGCGUCUUUUUUUUAUUUUUUACAAAGAUUUCAAUAAUUAAAUAAUUCAAUUUCAAUUUCAUCAAUGUAAUUAAAUUCUAAUUAAAAUCCAAAUAAAUUGAAUUAUUUUAACGAUUUUUUUUUAUUUCCAUAUGUUUUAUUUUGUUUAAUACAAUUUAAUGUAGUUGUUUAUAUUUUUAUAUCUUUUUAUUAGUACCAUUAUCAAUUUUAUUAAUAUUAACUAAACCAGUAAUAUUUAUAUAUUAUGUGUUAAUUUUUAUUAUAUAUAUAUAUAUAUAUAUA